GAGCACAAAAUGUAGCAGUCUACAAGCCCGAAAUGCUAUUAGAUAGAUCGACCGACGACCAGGUGUCUCUGGAGUGCCACGUUUCAUAGCCAACGUACAACCCUGGCAAUCGAAAAUGGAAGAUGGACUCUGUUCGAAUGGAAAUGUCAGUGAAAGUAGCGGCAAUGAUCAGAGUCAUCGUGUAAUAGACAUAUACCCUCUGAGUUGCUACUACUUUGGAUCUAAAGAAGCCGCUCCCUUCAAGGACGAGACCUUGGCCGAUCGUGUUCAGAGGAUGAAGUCCAACUACGCUGCUCAUGGGCUAAGGACUUCUGUGGAAGCUGUUAUCCUGGUCGAGUUGUUCAAACAUCCGCAUGUGUUGCUGUUGCAAGUAAGAAAUUCCAUCUUUAAGCUUCCUGGUGGCCGCUUAAGACCAGGUGAAUCAGAUAUUGAUGGAUUGAGGCGUAAGCUGUCAAAAAAACUCUCUGCCAAUGGAAGUGGUGAUGAGACUGCAUGGCAGGUGGGAGAAUGCCUUGGGAUGUGGUGGAGGCCUGAUUUUGAAACAUUACUAUAUCCAUACCUGCCACCUAAUGUAAAAAGGCCUAAGGAGUGCACCAAACUCUUUCUUGUGAGGCUACCAGUUAGUCAAAAGUUCAUAGUACCAAAAACUCUAAAACUGCUUGCAGUUCCAUUGUGCCAGAUUCAUGAAAAUCACAAGACAUAUGGACCUAUUAUAUCAGGCGUGCCACAGCUGUUAUCGAAAUUUUCAUUCAACAUCAUUGAAUCUUAAAAUCCACGUUAUAGAGUAGUCUAUUUGUAUACAGGACAAGGAAGAGGGAUGUCUCAGAAAGCUUUUUAAUCUGAGGAAGUAAUUUUCUGGAAUCUGGACAGAUACUUGUAUAUAUUAUAUAGUUUUCUAUAGGCUAUCAAAAGGUGAUGAAUUAGUAAUGUUGAGCACUGCAAUACAAAUGUUAUUCUUUAUAUUUGGUUCACACAUUUGGUUAUCUGAA